CCCCCACCCCGGCUCCGGAUCCCGCUCCCUGCCGCUGCCUCUCCCGGCGGGAACGGAGCUGCAGACUCUAUGGUUGUAAUCGACAAGGGAGACAGAUCUCGACUCAGUUUUUUUUUGUUUUGUUGACUCUGUUCACUACCUCUCCAUCAAUUCUUCACCCGUCAGAUCCCAAUUACAGAGAAGCGAUGGCUCUGUACUAUCAUGAAGAUGAUGAUAGGGAGUAUUAUGAAUUUGAACCUCUUCCUACGCUUUUGGAAGAUGAGGAGAAUGUGUCCCUUGCUGACAUCCUGUCAUUACGAGAUAGCUGCCUCAGUGAACAGGAUAUCUGGGCAGCCUGCCUAGAAUGUUGCCUUUCAAUGAAGAGCAUCUCCCACACUCCACUCUUUCAUACUCUCUGUAUCACCCCAGAUACAUUGGCUUUCAAUGCUAAUGGGAAUGUUUGCUUCAUGGAGCAGCUGAGUGAUGAUCCAGAAGGUGCCUUUGUACCACCUGAAUUUGACAUUACUGGCAAUACCUUUGAGGCUCACGUCUAUUCUUUGGGGGCUACGCUAGCUGCUGCAGCUGAGUUUGUGAUAGAGCCAGAGUUAGAACCAAACCUCAGCCAAGAAUUAAGAAGCCUUCUCGAUCAAAUGCAGCAGGAAAAGCCUGAAGACAGACCAGACAUCGAGAGUAUCAUCACCACAUGUGAAGAGAAACUAAAAUGCUUAUCUUCAGACAGUAUUUGCCGUAAUCUGUCCGCCAUAGGUAGAAGAGUACUUUCAAUUGAAUCUGUUGGUGCUUUCCAAGAUGGAUGUGAAGAGACCUGUAAAGAGAAGAUGCGUCAGGAAGGUGUAGGUCAUGAGCUGCAAACAAGUGAAAGAAACCCAGCAGAUGGCUCAUCGAGCACUGAAGACCUGCCAUAUGACUUAAACAUGCAGAACAGCGGAACAGUAGAGGUUAUUUGCAAGACUGAGAAAUGUGUGCAAGACGUAGAUCCAGAUUUAACUGUUGAAGGUGAUCAGCUUUUAGAUGACGUGAAUUCAUCAGAAUCGUGCGAGAGACGGGAACCAGUGCUCGUUAUGAAUUCUACUGAAAUGAAUACCAAAGGACAUGAGGCCGACAGGAUUUCACCUGUUCCUCAGAAACGAUCAACAGCUCGGAAGAGAAUGCUACCAAAACUACCAACAGAAUUGGCGGGCAGUUCUCAACAUCUUCAUCAAUCCAAAAUGGAGCUCGGCAGAUCUGUCACAUCUAAUCAUUCACCAAUUUCAUUUUCUGACAUUACUGCAGAUUCUUUGUCUUCAGUCGGCUCUGUCAAAAUGCUGAAUAUUACAGACUGUCCUCAGAAGGUACAUUUUAGAACUAAGAAUAAUGAUGUUAAUUUCAUUCCAAAGAACAGUCUUCCAUCAGAAAGGUUAAAUGUGAACAGGUCAAGUGAUGGGACUCAGAAGGUCUCUAGUAUAGCAGCAGUAAAUAAGAACUUGCCCAAGAGUCGUAACUUAAUUUUCGAUGAAAGCAAAGAACGAUCCUUAAAACCUCCCUUCACGUUCGGGAAAAUGUCUUCCACGAAAAGUCUCAAAGCUAAAAUCUCAGCAUUAUCAUUUACUUCAGCAAGCAUGAACAGUCAAAUGGAUUCACUUGCUUCCAGUGGACUAUUACUAGGCACAAGGGCUGCAUUUGGAGACUGCAGUUACAGGGCAGCAAAAACUGAAGCAAGUGAUUUGCCUCAUUUGGACAGUAUUUAUUUAGAUACUGAAAGAAUUGUUGGCUGUACUCAGAGAAAUAGUUUCAAACAAAGCCGCUCCCAAAGUGUGAAUGAUUUAUCAACAAGUAAUACCCUGCUAUUUAGCAAUGUCAUUCAACAUUCUCAAGAUGAUAAUAGAGAGCAGAUGUCUCCUAUCAGAGCUGCUGAAAAUGAUCCUGCAGAAUUUCAUUUUGAUAAACAGCAUAUUUCAUUAGAGGAGCUACUGUCUGAGGAUGAUAGACCCUUGAAAGAUCAUGAAUUGUGGGCUCUGUGUCAUGAAUGUUUGAUCAGUCUGCAACUCUGCAAGGAUUAUCCAGAAUACUUAUGCCUGGAGUCUGCAUACAUUGACACUAAUGGAGAAGUUUUGUUUGUAUCACCAAUGUGCAAUGGAAAUCUGGAUUCUUUCUAUUUGGCACCUGAAUUUGAAACACAAGGAGUGGUUACAGAAAAGGUUUGCGUUUAUGGCAUUGCGGCCAUUUUGUGGGCAGCUGCUAAGUACAAUGCUCCAGUAAAUCAGAAGUUACCAUUGUCUAGAAAUCUCAAGAAGCUACUAUUGGAUAUGGCAAAGAGAAACUCCAAAGAAAGACCUUCAAUUACAGAUGCACUGGAGAUUUGCAAUGAUUAUCUCAUUAAGCGAGGGAUUGACAGCAGAGAGAUUCUGAUUCUGCUGAGGAAUUCUGUUAUACAGAAUUACCACAAAAAAGGAACGGAUGUCAUUGGAUUGAAUUUCAAAACAAAGAAACUGGAAUUUUCAAAUUCUCCACUGGGACAUGCAGAUUUUGCCCAAGAAUCAUCUAGACUAGGAUUUGUACCUCUUGCUAGUGACAGUAAGCUGACAGCUGUAAAAGGCCCAAUUCCUUGUCAGUAUUCUGUAAAGAGCAAGUCCCCUUCCAAACUUCCAGAGGCCUUCACUUCCCCAGCCACCCAUUUCAAACCUAUAAUACUCACAGAGCACAAAGAGAAAACAAGUGUCAAAGUGUCAAGUAAAACUUCAACAGCCAAACAGCUUGUUAUAGCUCUGAAACAGGAGAAUCAGGAAGCAACGUCCAUCGAAAAUAUUAAAAAUGAUAUCGUUGUGGAAGCAUCUGCUGUGAACUGUAAAAGUGUUGAGAGCACCAUUCACACACCAGCAUCUUUGGUAUCUUCGUCAGAUCAAACUAAAAGUAGCUCAAUUUAUUCUGCCAACCAUUCUCCCAUGGUUAAAAACAAAGCAAAUCUAGCACAAACAAUGUGUUUGCAGUACCAGAAAGCAAAUUGUAACUCUGAUUCUUCAGCUGUUUCCAUUUUUCCAACAAACGAUGAACUUCAGAACUCCAAAAUGGAGACACUAACUUCACCACCUGGUCAAUCAAUUGUGCCAGAACAGGUAUCAGUUCUGCUGAACACUUCUGGAUAUGAGUUGAAUAGACUCUUCUCAGAAUCUACAGUACUUUCAAACAGGGACUCUGGCAGAAGCAGUGGGAAUUCUUCAAAUUAUAUUGGAUCACAGUUGCAGAACCUGCCCAAUUCUACACUUGAUGGCCAUAAGGAUCAAAAGCCUGAGAUGAAAAAGGACACUCUAUCAGAGCCUUCCAAUAAUAGUUCUAGUGAAUUUGUUGAAUUUGACUGUGUUGCCUUAGAGGUACCACUCUCUGAGGGAUGUGGUUUUGCGCAGGAGUCAUUGGAUACUGAAUAUGAAAUAAAACCAUUCACCGCUGUUCCAAACAUUGCUGCGGAAAUUUCAGAAAAUGUCCACUUACCUUCUGCAUGCAUCUCAUCAUGUUGUCAUGACAAUCUAGUGGCAAUAAAUUCAUCAAGCCCAGAGCCUGUCAGUCUUUUGCAGAAAGCAGUUCAGCUCAUUAAAGAAGAGUUUGCAUUUGAUGGUUACUUAGAGAAUGGUGAAGAAGCCCAUGUCAUGGGUGAGUACAUCUUAUCCUUGAAAAGUCUUAAAUUCAGUACAUUCACUAGUGCUAUAUCGGAGAAGUUUUGUGACCUCUACUGGGAUGACAAACUACUGGAACAGCUGUAUGAGGUAGUUAAUGGGAAUCCUCCACAUCCUGCAUCACUGUCAAGGGCUGCCACAAGUUCAAAUCCAGCUGAUUUUAACAUCGCACAACAGCAUGCCAUGAAUAAAAACAACUCAGAUCCUAUGCAUGGAGAACAAAGAAGUAGUGAAGAUAAUUGGGUGAAAGCAGUUGGUCGAGAGACCAAAGUAAUCACCAGCAAACCUCAAUUAUCAGCAACACCAUCACGAGAAUUCAAUACUUUGAAAGUGAAUGAUCUUUCUGAUUUGUUGUAUUCAGCUAAAUGUAAGGAAGACCAGCUUAACAGCAAUGAUGGUAUAAUCCUUGGGCAAGAUGUCAGCAGUAUGCUACCUGAUGAAAACAACUUUGUAAAGACUAACUCAGGUCAUUGGGAAGAAGAGCAAAAUGUGACAAAACGUUUCCUUCAGAUGGAAAAUAACUGUCACUUUACUGAUGAAAGUUGCACUCCAUGUCAAGAUUUAAAGUUUGGCCACUGCAAUGAAAAAAGGAAGGAUGAUAUUGGCCGUUCAACUGAAGAAUCUGAAUCCCAAGUUUCUUUGCCUCUUCGGCAAACAGAAUCAAGUGUAGGGAGAAAGAGAUGCAACCCAGGAUGGAGCAGUGCAUUUUUUGGGAGCAAGUAUUUUAACCAGCAAGUGAAGACCUAUGUGAACCAAUUGGGUCAACAUAACUUUAAUGAAGAAAAGAACAUAGAGGCCAAAUUGUUGGAAAUUGAACAACAAUUGAUGAUGGAGUCUAAGAAUUUUCGAAAAACUAAAAACUUCUACCAGAAACUCCAACAACAGGAAAAAAGAAACAAAGGAAUUGAUGCAAAGGUGGUGCUGCCCAAACUGAAGCAACAGCUUGAAGAAAUGAAGCUGAAAAUGGAGUUCCUUGAGUUGGCAAAGAAGUAUAUUGAGAUAUUGCAAAUGGAGCAAUGGGGCCUGAACUCCUCUGUUCUUCCUUCACUGGUCAUCUCCUCAUUCCAGUCAGAGACAUUAAAUCUCAGAUCAACUGAUAGCAAUUCCUUCCUCACCUUCCACUCUUUGAAAGGUGAUCAGAGCCAAAGCAAGGACAGAACACAAAUACUUCAGGCUGGAACAGCAGUGGGGCUGAUGGCAAACCUCUAUAGCAGUAAUGCAGUAAUAGAAGGCUACGUCCAGCAGUUUUUUUAUACGUUUCGUUAUUUCACAUCACCUUGUGAAUUUCUUCAGUUUCUGGAAGAUAGAUUCAGCAGUGUCAUUGAUAUCAGUGCGAAUCAAAGAAAUUCAUCUGACUCCAUAAAUGUGUAUAACCGAAGUUUAGAUCUACUGCAGGCCUGGAUUGAAGAAUGUUACUAUGUAGACUUUGCAGAAGAUACUGAAGUUUUAAACAAGCUAGAAACUUUUAUUUCCUCAAAGGUUAUUCUAUAUGACAGUCGAGGAGAAUAUUUAAUAAAUUUACUUCAAAGCUUCUCUGAGAAAGAAAAAGCCCAUAAUCCACUGUAUGACAGCAUCAUGUUCGAGGAUUUGUGGAAUGAGGAGGACAACCAGUCAGUUCAUUCAAUGUUCAAAAAGGAUUUGGAUGAAGAUAUUUCCCGAAAGAGCUUUAAAUGGAAGAUUAGCAAGCGUACUGAGCCUACAAACCUUCAACCGAAGGAAAAGUCUUACACCAUAGCCACUGCACUGCCAAAGCCCUGCUAUACUGGCUUUGCAAGAGAACUGUCAGGGGCUUACCAGAAAGUUGAUGAGAAAGGACUUUUCAUGUUGGCUGACUACAGUCCACAACAUCUAGCACAGCAACUGACCUUGCUACAACAGGAACUGUUUCGAGAUUGCCACCCUGUCCAUUUUCUGAACUCAAGAGCUUUUGGUGUUAAAGACAAACCUACAACAGUCCUAAAGCCAGUUUCUUCAGAAUCAACAUUUGCAGAGGGCAGCAGUUUGUUUGUGCUAGAUUACAGACAACGCCAGUAUCUUCUAGACCUGAUUAAAUAUGCAGACUAUGUUAGUCACUGGGUCUCUGCUGAAAUUGUCAUAUGUAAUACACCCAAGGCACAAAGUGCACUACUAUCAAAGUUUCUUUCAAUUGCGAAGUUUUGUUAUGAAUUGAGAAAUUUUGCCACAGCCAUGCAAAUUCUUAAUAGCUUGGAAAGCCUGAUAGUGCGGCAAUUACCUUCAUGGAAAAGCUUGUCCUCAAAGGCAUUAGAAAUCAUGGAGGAAUUGACUGCUGUACAGGUUUUCUUGAAGAGUGACAGCCUGUGCCUGAUGGAAGGAGAUAGCUUCAGGAGGCCAACAAUACCUUGUACUCGUAUCUUGGCAAUGCAUGUCCAACAGAUAGAAAUAGGUGCGUUUACGAUGGCUAAUGGCACUUACAAAUGGCCAAAACUAAGGAAAAUAGCCAAAGUGAUCAGUCAAAUUCGUGCAUUUCAAGAAAAGCACUACAUGUUCACCCCUGAUCUGGAGCUGCAGGCACAUUUGAGGCACCAAAUAUCUCACUUCAGUGAAGUGGAUAUCCAUGUUCUUGCUGCAGAAAACAAAACUAAUUUUUACCAGUUGCCAACUGAAGGGCACUCACGCAAGAUACAAGAUACACUUCGUAAGGUGAAAGCAACCUUCCAGUAAUACGUUAAAACUACAUACCUAUUCUUCAAAAUAAACUUCCAUUCUUUUGUUUGGAAGACUAACUGAUAGUGUCUUCCUGAAUGUUCCAGCAAUUUGUAUAAUUAGUAGAAAGUAAAUUUAUAUUAUUAAAAAAAAAACAAAUAUUGCUUUUACAGAUUUCUUUUAUGUUUCAUAAGGGAUUUGUCAGAACACAUUAUAGUACACUUUUAUUAUCCAGUAAAAUUAUAUCUAAUUACAAGCACCAGUACUUUAGAAACUAAAUCAGUCUUUAUAUUUAAUACAGAAAAGCAAGUUCCAAACAAUUUAAAUUUAGCACAUAAAUGCUUCCCUGAUAUUAUUUUAUUUUAUAAUUUAAUCUUGCUCAGGAAAUCUCUUAAACAUAUUCAUCAGUGUAGGCACUGAUCUUCAUUCUAUCAAGGUCAUGUAGAGCAUUAACUUUGGAAAGGACUGGUGUGCAAAGUGUCCUGUCUUUGUACUGUAUAUUCUAUGUGAAGACCAUGCAUGUAUUCUUCAUUUCUUUAAUCGAUCCUUUCUGUACUUUAAGUUCAAAAGUAUCAAUGGGAGUUUGUUUGGGUAGUGUAUGAAAUGAAUGAUAAGCUGCUAAAACAUAACUGGAAAUCCACAAUUUUCUGAGUCAUUUAAGGAAGUUGUUGACAAAUGUAUAUUAAUUAGUUUGCCAAAUGCAAUGUUGGAAUUUAAUCAGGAAGGGAAAUUAUCUGUUUAAACUGUGUUUUAUUUGGAGCCUACAGUUUCAUUUGCAUGUCAGCUUAUAAUUUAUUUACUACAUGUGAGAAUAUAUUGAACCUAUUUUCUUUGAUAAUGUACAAAUACUUGCUACAACAAUUGUCUAUUGCAUCUUGUAUUGCCUUUGCCACAUGGUAAAAUAUUACAAAGUUUUCCUGUAUUCUGCACUCCUCCCAGUUUGAAAGGCAACUCGCUGGAAGCUCUCAGGCAGUGCUAUUAGACAACCUACUUCUGGGAAUGGUUUGGAUUCACCAUGGAUGCAAUUACUGACAAAGUAAUGAGAAGUGCACUAGAUAGGCAGCAGGGUGUUUAAGGUGGGAAAUGGAAUUUCAAAUAAUAAUGGAUGGAUAAAAACCGAAAGAACGACAGAUGCUGUAAAUCAGAAACAAAA